AUGGUUCUUCAGAAUGCUGAUUUUUGGGUUCAAGCACACAAUCUGCCGUUAAAUAGAAUGACUGUUAAGACAGGGCGCCAGAUUGGAAAUAGGUUGGGCCAAUGCAUUGAUGUGAUGGAAGGAGCAGAUGGUGAAUGUUUGGGUAGGUAUUUGUGUAUUAGGGUUCGGUUGGAUGUAACCAAACCUCUUCGCAGAGUGAUGAAGCUGCAAUUUGACCACUCUUUAGAGGCAGUGAUUGAGUUCAAAUAUGAACGACUACCUGAUUUUUGUUAUGUUUGUGGGAGGAUUGGCCAUGUAGUCAAGGAGUGCAAAAUUGUGGGUGCCAUAGAGAAGGAAGCAAAAGAAAAGCCUUAUGGUUCUUGGUUACAUUCGAAGUUUGAGGUGGGGAGGGGGAGAACUAUCAGUCCAAGGAAGCAGGAGGAAGAGAGGAAUAGUCAACGAUCUUUUGGGAAUAAAGAAGGAGAUUGUUCAGGAGUAUGUGGAGAUAAGGGGCCUAGAGGUGGGCCACAUGGGCAUUAUUUUAAACAUAAGGAACAUGGUACUGGUGGUUCAGUUACAAUUGAGGAUGAUUUAGUUGACAAUGCAUCUUUGGCAAAUAGAUUCAAGUCCAAAAGGGGGGCAGUGAAGGGAGGAAUAAAUUCACAAUCUGUGAAGGGGAAUUCAUUGGCUGACAAAUUGGCUGAGGCUGCUCGCCGACGGAAGGCAGAAGAAGACGAAAUUCAACGAGCGUUGCGCGAGGCAGCUUGGGAGACAGCACAAGCAGUAGCUGCUGAUAAGUCAUAUACCAUGCCUAAAAUUCUGAGUGAUCAGGAAAAUAGAAGGGGAGGUGAUAUGAAAAGCAAGGGAAAUGGAGCUGUGCUGAUAAAUCAGAUAGACACUCAACAAGAUGAUGUUGGGUCUCUUUCGAGAGACAAUGUUAAGACAGUAGCAGAUUGUUUUCAUAAGAUAUUGGGCACAUUAAAAAAUAAUGAGGAUGCUAUGGUACAAGGAGGGGCACAAGCUGAUGCAGAGAAUGAAUUGAAAAGUGAACCUAAGAAAGUGGAAUCAGUAGAUAUGGCUAAUAAAGUUGAACAAUAUGCACUUAUGCAAAUUGAUAAUGUCAGCGGUUCUGAAACAAGAGGAGAGGAAUUGGUUAAAGCAUGUGGAGGGAGAUGGAAGCGCAAAGCACGACUAGUGAAACCGAUUGGAGAAAAUACAGGUAGUGGGCUGGAUAACAAUGUGGGAAAGGAGGGGGGAAAAAGAAAAUGUGAGGAAGAGAUUGUUACAAAUACAUUUGUAACAAAAAAAGUGAAGAUAGAGAAAGAGGUUAAACUUGUUGAGAUAGAACACGUGGUGGGACCCAGUGGGACUGGCCCACCACGAACAAUGAGAAUUUUAAGUUGGAAUGUCCAGGGUUUCGGGACCCCUGGGACGUUCCAUUCUCUCAAGCGUAUUUUGAGGGAGAAAAAACCCGAGCUGGUGUUCCUUAUGGAAAUGCGGAUGACGAAAGCUCAAAUGGAGAAAAGAAGAUUUCAAUGUGGUAUGACAAGGGGAAUUUCUGUGGGAAGAGUGGGAUUAGGGGGAGGCUUAUUGUUGAUGUGGACAACUGGUUGGGAGGUGAAUUUGUUAUCAUACUCGACAGGUCAUAUACAUGUAUCAGUUAAAACUUCAGAUAAUUAUUGUUUCUGUUUGACGGGCUUUUAUGGGAAUCCAGAAACCCAAAAUCGAAGAUUUUCUUGGGAAUUAUUUCGACGUCUCUCACAGUCAGUCUAUGGACCUUGGCUAGUCAUCGGAGAUUUUAAUGAAAUCUUGAUGGCUUCAGAGAAAAAAGGAUUGCGAGAUCGCCCUACAUAUCAAAUGAACCCUUUUCGCCAAGCCUUGGUGGAUUGCGACUUGCGUAGUGUCCCAUACCAAGGAUGUCCUUUCACUUGGGCUAGAACAUACCCGAGUGGGGAUAUGGUGGAGGAAAGGUUGGAUAGGUGUGUGGUUAAUGGGAGAAUUAGUGCGGAUUAUGGUCAUAUUUUGACAUAUCAUUUAGUAGCAUCGGGGUUAGAUCGCUAUCCGAUACUUGGUGAAUUAUUGACUUAUGCUCCCAUCGUGGAGGCAAAGAAAAAAAGAAGAUUUCAUUUUGAACAAAUGUGGACACUUGAGAAAGGUUGUGAAGAUAUUAUUCGAGAGGCUUGGGAUUCAACUGACGCUAUGGGAGGUGUGAAGGAGGGAAUUAAGAAUUGUGCAGGGAAACUGGCAAAAUGGAAUAAAUUAACUUUUGGGCAUGUGCAAAAGCAGCUUGCUGCUGCCCAUAAAGAACUGGAGGUUUUACAGGGGCGAAUGGGACAAGAUCAAGUGUUACUAAAGAAAAAAGUAGAAAGGACCAUUGUUGUCUUACUCGAGAAAGAGGAGGUAAUGUGGCGGCAGCGUUCCAGGGUUGCUUGGUUAAAGGAAGGGGACAAAAACACCAGGUUUUUCACGAAAGAGCCAACACAAGGGAACGGAAAAAUACAAUAA